AUGUCGAGUAACGAUGAAAAUAAAUCCGAAGCGAGAUCCUCCUGGUCGCGAUUGCGUAAUCUUAGAGCAGGUGAACAAGAAAUCAAUCUGAACGAAAUUAGACCAAAGAGUAUUUUUUAUGUUACAAAACAAGGUUCAAUCACCAUGAGGACAGCAGGAUCUGGAGGGAAUGGUAGCCAGUUUGGUACUUAUAAUGACGGUCAUUUCAAACCUUUCACAGGACAAGGAAAUUGUUCGCCAGGGAAUUUGUCGGGAAGUGGACUUAAAUUUGGGUUUGAUAGAUCUACUAUGCAAGACCUCGCUACUGGGAAACCUAUAUUCUGUCCCACAAAUGGCGAUGGCAGUUGGUUUUGGAACACUACUACGGGCAAUCCGCCACAGACGAGAAGCACACCUACGUCUGGAAAUCAUUCCGCAACUCCUGGAGCAGAACCAUCUUGGGAUGGAAGAAGUUUAGUGGAUAUAUUGGGCCUUCUCAAUAGCGGCGAACAUCCGAAUUCUAAGAGGUAG